AUGGCAUUCAAUAAAAUUUACAUUAAUAGUUCAAAUUCAAAACUCAAUAAUGAUGAGUUAUAUUCUAAUUUACUUUUAUUUUAGUUUGAUAAAAAAGUUGCUUCUAUUGAAUGAACAAUUAAAUAUCAUCGUCCUUUCAUAUCAUCCUUGGGGAGGAAUACAAAAAAAUAUAACAUAUUAUUAAAUGCCAACUAAAUUAGAUAUUAUAUUUAAGUGA